AUGACAGUUGAGGACGUUAAGCAAGCUAGACAAGCUGUUGAGUUCAGCAGGGAGAAGUUGGAGUCUGUGCUGAGGGGUAGGUUUUUCUAUGCUCCGGCAUUUGACCUGUAUGGUGGUGUGAGUGGUCUGUACGACUACGGUCCACCUGGUUGUUCUUUCCAGGCCAAUGUUGUUGACCAAUGGAGGAAGCACUUCAUCCUGGAAGAAGAUAUGCUGGAGGUUGACUGUACUAUGUUGACUCCCUACGAGGUCUUGAAGACCUCUGGUCACGUUGACAAGUUCUCCGACUGGAUGUGCAGGGACUUGAAGACCGGUGAGAUCUUCAGAGCAGACCACUUGGUUGAGGAAGUGCUAGAGGCACGUUUGAAAGGUGACCAGGAGGCCAGAGGUCUGGUGAAGGACGCCAAUGCUGAAGCUGAGGAAGAUGCCGACAAGAAGAAGAGAAAGAAGAAGGUCAAGCAGAUCAAGGCCGUUAAGCUGGAGGACGACGUUGUCAAGGAGUACCAACACAUCCUGGCACAGAUCGACGGUUACUCCGGUCCAGAGUUGGGUGAGAUGAUGAAGAAGUACAACAUCGGUAACCCAGUCACCGGUGAGCCACUAGAGCCACCAAUGGCUUUCAACCUGAUGUUCGAAACCGCUAUCGGUCCUUCUGGUCAAUUGAAGGGUUACUUGAGACCAGAAACCGCCCAAGGUCAAUUCUUGAACUUCAACAAGCUGUUGGAAUUCAACAACGGUAAGACCCCAUUUGCAUCAGCUUCUAUCGGUAAAUCUUUCAGAAACGAGAUCUCUCCAAGAGCUGGUCUAUUGAGAGUUCGUGAAUUUUUAAUGGCCGAGAUUGAGCACUUCGUCGACCCAUUGGACAAGUCUCAUCCAAAGUUCCACGAAGUCAAGGACAUCAAGUUGUCUUUCUUGCCACGUAACAUUCAACAAUCCGGCUCCACUGAGCCUUUGGUUACCACCAUUGGUGAAGCUGUCGCAUCCAAGAUGGUUGACAACGAAACCUUGGGUUACUUCAUUGCUAGAAUCUACUUGUUCUUGAUCAAGAUUGGUGUCGAUGACACUAAGUUGAGAUUCCGUCAACACAUGGCCAACGAAAUGGCUCACUAUGCUGCUGACUGUUGGGAUGCUGAAUUGAAGACCUCGUUCGGUUGGAUUGAGUGUGUUGGUUGUGCUGAUAGAUCUGCUUACGAUUUGACUGUCCACGCCAACAAGACUAAGGAAAAGCUUGUUGUCAGACAAAAGUUGGAAACCCCAGUUGAAGUUACCAAGUAUGAAAUCGACUUGACCAAGAAGUUGUUUGGUCCAAAAUUCAGAAAGGAUGCACCAAAGGUUGAAGCUUACUUGACCGAGCUAUCUCAAGAAGAACUAGAAAAGAAGGCUGAAGAAUUAAAGACUAACGGUAAGAUCGUCUUCACUGUUAAGGGUAUCGAAGGUGAGAUUGAAUUGGAUGACAAGUUUGUUGUUAUUGAGAAGAGAACCAAGGUUGAACACGUUAGAGAGUUUGUUCCAAACGUUAUCGAACCAUCCUUCGGUAUUGGCCGUAUCAUCUACUCUAUCUUCGAACAUUCUUUCUGGAGUAGACCAGAGGAUACCGCUAGAGCCGUCCUAUCUUUCCCACCACUAGUUGCACCAACCAAGGUUCUUCUAGUUCCACUAUCUAACCACAAGGAUUUGGCCCCAGUUACUGCUCAAGUUUCCAAGAUUCUAAGAAAGGAACAAAUUGCAUUCAGAGUGGAUGACUCCGGUGUGUCCAUUGGUAAGAGAUAUGCUCGUAACGAUGAAUUAGGUACUCCAUUUGGUAUCACUAUCGAUUUCGACUCUGUUAAGGACGGUUCCGUCACUUUGAGAGAAAGAGACUCCACUAAGCAAGUGAGAGGUUCUGUCGAGGCUGUCAUCAAGGCUGUCCGUGAGAUCACAUACAAUGGUGCUUCUUGGGAAGAAGGUACAAAGGACUUGGCUCCAUUUGUUAGUCAAUCUGAUGCUGAGUAA